UACAGUAAAAAGAAACACAGAGAGGCGGACCGUUGGAACUUUAAAUGGAAAACGCGUAACGUAUAGUUUUAUAUUUGUUUAUAUAUAAGUUAAUAUCUAAUACAUGCAAAAAAGCGUUCGGGCUUUUUAUUUACCGUUGGAAAUGUCUGCGUGCCAAACUGAUUAAUCCAGCUGUGUGAAUGGAAAGAGCUGAUAAUGUCAAAACUUUCUCUGGGAGGAAAAGCGUCCUCUGGUAAAUUAAGCAGCUGGGUACAACCGUCCUUUGGUGAUAUUUUCGGCGGUUCCGGGUUGAACACCCUCCCCUCGACUAAGGGAGAAAGCAAGUCUAGAGCACAAUCCUCUCGUGCGGAUGCUGGCGUAAAGAAGCAGAGGAAGAGAAAGGGAGAUUGCCCCACUUCCAAACUAGAGCCUGGCAUUUUCUCAAGCAGACGAGCAUCACAGGAGAACCAGGAUGAACCCUGGGUGGACGUGCAUGCACCUCAGACACAAGCUGAGCUGGCAGUCCACAAGAAGAAAGUCGAGGAAGUCGAGAGUUGGCUGAUGGUUCAUUUAGACUUAAAGAGCACUAACAAGGGUGGCGCCAUUCUGUUACUGACCGGCCCGUCCGGCUGUGGAAAAACCGCCACGGUUCACGUCCUGGCUAAAGAUGCGCGCUGUCACGUGCAGGAGUGGACGACCCCGACUACAGCCGAGUACAGAACGGACGAGUCGUUCAGAGAGAGCUUCGAUCCAGCCUCCAGGUUUAACAGUUUCAGCAGCAGCUCACAGACGGCAGCGUUCCAGGAGUUUCUGCUCCGAGCGAACAAGUACAACCGGCUGCAGAUGAGUGGAGACGACGGCGCUCCGGAGAGGAAGAUCGUCCUCGUAGAGGAUUUUCCAAACCAGUUCUACAGACAGCCAGGAUGUUUGCACGACAUUCUCAGGCGUUUUGUACGGACCGGUAGGUGUCCGCUGGUCUUCAUUGUGUCCGACAGCCUGAGCGGAGACACCAGUUCCAGACUCCUCUUUCCCAAAGACGUACAGGACGAGCUGAGCAUCCAUCACAUCAGUUUUAACCCCGUAGCUCCUACCAGCAUGAUGAAAGUGCUGAGUAGGAUUGCAACUGUCGAAUCGAGCAAGAGCGCUGGGAGGAUCUCCGUGCCUGAUAAGGCGGCGCUGGAGCAGCUGUGCUCUGGGAGCUCAGGAGACAUCCGGAGCGCCAUCAACAGCCUGCAGUUCUCCUCUCUCACUGCUGCAGGUGACUCCUUUCUGGAGAAAAACCUCUGGGCUUCUAAGAAGGGAAAAUCAUCCGCGUCUGCGUCCAAACCCUCAGCCAGACCCAAAGGCAGGAGACGGUCCGCGAAAUCCAGCGACAUUACGGAGGAGAGCCCUGCUAUCGGGGGAAAAGAUGCGUCCCUGUUUCUCUUCAGAGCGCUCGGAAAGAUCCUCUACUGCAAGCGAGAAAGCGAUGACGCUGGUGACGUCCCGAAGCUUCCCGCACAUCUUUCAGAGCAUCAGAGGGAUAAACUACUGGUUGACCCAGAGCUUGUUAUUGAGCGCUCUCACAUGUCAGGCGAGUUCUUUAACCUCUACCUGCACCAGAACUAUGUGGACUUUUUCUCAGAUGUGGAGGAUGUAGCGCGGGCCAGCGAGUACCUCUCAGACGCCGACUUCCUGACUGCUGAAUGGACUUCCAGGUCCACCAUGUUGGCAUAUGGAUCCUCAGUGGCCACUAGGGGGCUCAUCCACUCAAACACCGCACGCGCUCAGGCCACACAGCAGUCCUCGGUCGGCUUUAAGCCACUCCACAAACCCCACUGGCUGCAUAUUAACAAGACGUACCGAGAAAACUAUCUGACGGCUCAGUCGCUCUUUAUCAGCUUCUGCCUGACACCUGUCAGUCUCGUGACGGAGCUAGUGCCUUACUUAGCCAAGCUUAGCAACCCUAUGAGGAAUCAAGCUCAAAUAACCUUCAUCCAAGAUGUCGGUCAUCUUUCUCUCAGGAGAUUUCCUGGAAGAUUAAAACUUGAAGCACUUGGAGAUAAAGACCCUGGCCUGCUGGAACUGGACAGUGAUCAUGAAGAGACAGGGACCCUGAACACUGGCACUGCUGAGACCACUCAGCCACCAGAUACUGUACCUUCUACUGUACCUUCACUCCCAAACAGCCAGGAGCCAGGGGCCGACCUCCCCGCCAGCCAGCCACAGCCAACCACCGCCGACGCCUUACUGGACGAGGAGGACCUCCUAAUAGAGGAGUAUGACAGUGACUGACACGUCCCACUGUCCUGGUUCUGGAUGUCCUUCACCAUUACUGCCUUACAGGACCUGGCGUCCUAUGUGUGUGUUUCUCCAUCCCUGUGUUUCUGCAUACGUUUUUAUAAUGUGAAUAACAAGCUGGUUUAAUAUUUAUUUGUUUUUUUUUUCAACGAACAAUGGACAGUCUUUGUGUCGUGUGUAUGUACAUGUUGGUGUUUACAGUGUUUCUAUCAGACUAGGAUCAUAGGGACCUGUGGAAAGUUAGUGUUAUAUUUGAACUUUGAAAAAAAUAACAUUUGGUCAUUUCUAUAUUGUUUUUUUUGUGUGUGCAGAAUAAUAUAAUUCUGAAAUGUCGGUCCUUUAAUAUGUGCCAUACGUGGGUAGGCAAUAAAAUUUAUGUUUUGCAA